AUGGGUCUUCUCGACGUUGUUCCUGCUGGUGUCGUUACUGGCGAUAACCUUCGCAAGCUCUUUGAAUAUGCUCGUGAGCACAAGUUUGCUAUUCCUGCCAUCAACUGCACCUCCACUAGCACCAUCAAUGCUGCUCUUGAGGCUGCCCGUGACAUCAAGUCGCCCAUCAUCAUUCAAUUCUCUAACGGUGGUUCCGCCUACGUUGCUGGUAAGGGUUUGAGCAACAAGAACCAAGAGGCUUCCAUCAUUGGUGCCGUUGCUGGUGCUCAGUACGUUCGUGCCGUUGCCAAGGCUUAUGGUAUCCCUGUUGUUAUCCACUCUGAUCACUGUGCUAAGAAGCUCCUUCCUUGGUUCGAUGGCAUGAUUGCUGCUGAUGAGGAAUACUUUAAGGUUCACGGUGAGCCUCUCUUCUCUUCUCACAUGCUUGACUUGUCUGAGGAGUCCAAGGAAGAGAACAUUGAGAUUUGCUUAAAGUAUCUUAAGCGUAUGGCACCUAUGGGUUGUUUGUUGGAGAUGGAGAUUGGUAUCACUGGUGGUGAGGAAGAUGGUGUCAACAAUGAAGAUGUUGAUAAUGCCGCUCUUUACACCCAACCUGAGGAUAUUUGGGAAAUCUACAAGGCCUUCAGUGAGAUCACUGAUUUGUUCUCUAUUGCUGCUGCUUUCGGUAACGUCCACGGUGUGUAUGCUCCUGGCAACGUCAAGCUUCAUCCCGAGUUGCUCGGCAAGCACCAAGCUCAUGUCAAGGAACAACUUGGUACUGAAAACAACAAGCCCGUCUUUUUCGUGUUCCACGGUGGCUCCGGUUCCACUGAGGAGGAGAUCAAGACCGCUGUUGAGAACGGCGUUGUCAAGAUGAACGUUGACACUGAUACUCAAUGGGCUUACUGGAUCGGUCUUCGUGACUACUAUGAAGCCAAGAAGGAUUAUCUCCAAACCCAAGUUGGUAACCCUGAAGGCGAAAACAAGCCCAACAAGAAAUUCUAUGACCCCCGUGUCUUCAUCCGUGAAGCUGAAAAGACCAUGAUCACCCGUGUCCAACAAGCUUGCAAGGAUCUCGGUAACGUUGAACAGUUGUAA